CACUGUCUCCAGGAUUUUUGACCAUGAGACUAAUGAGACCAGAUAUCACACAUCCUGAAAGGCUUCCAAUUGAAAUCAACGGGAUUUUACAUAUCCACAAAUAUCAGAUUGGUUCCAGAGUGAUCAGCAUCUUACAGAAAUGAAUGCUGAGGCUGCCUCCAGUCCCUACCCAGGCUGGUCCAUGAACAGCACUGCCAUUAGCAACGACAAUGACAUUGAAGGGUGCAGCCUGUGAGUCACAGAUGAAGUUUUGCCCCAUCCACAUGCUUUCUGUAAGAAUCAUACAAGCUAAGAACAUCAAGUCAAGAGACCUGUGGACAGUUCCACUUUCCUGCCAAAACCUUGCGGGGCAAUGUUAUUCACUGCUUGAUACCAGUCUGAAGUAUUUAGGCAUCUCGGGCUGCAGUAGACAUCUUCAGUCAAGUCCAGACUCCAGCUCUGAAAGACAUCACCUUGGAGAUUUCCUUUCACACCGUUGUCAAGCUUCACAAAUGACUGCAUCAGACUGCUAUGUGCGCUUGUGGCUGCCAUCUGCUUCAAAUGGAAAGCUUCAGACCAAAACCAUCAAGAAUUCUGACAACCCUGUCUGGAAUGAGACUUUCUACUUUAGGAUCCAGAGAGAAAUUGAGAACAUUUUAGAAUUGGCAGUGUGUGAUGAAGAUCCACUCACCAAAGAUGACAUGCAGUUCACAGUUCUUUUUAAUGUUGCUAGAAUCAGACCUGGGGAGGUACUCCGUGAGACAUUUGCUUUGAAAUCAGAGAAAGAGAGGUGCACUAAGAAAUGGGAAAGUUUGGAAGUGGAAUUCUGGAUGGAAAGAAUUCCUGGCCCUCCAGAGCACCUGAUUACCAAUGAUGUCCUAGUGUCCCGUGAGGUUUGCUGCUUGGAAGUGCAAGUGGACAUUAAUGAAAGCAGGAAAUAUUUGAAAGAGGGUAAAAAUCUCGUGCUUACGGUGCCUGCAUCUCAUGAGAGAACACAGAAAACUGCAGAGGACACAGAUACGUUCUACUUCCAUUGCGUGAAGGCUUGGGAGCCAGUUCUAAAAGUCAGGCUGCAGAAAGUUUCUGAUAAGGAAGAUGACAAUAACAAUUUAAGUGACACCUUAACAGUACCACUGAAAUUUCUCCCUGUUGGACAUAAAGUGAAAGUAACCCUUCCUGUAAGACAUAAUGUGCCACUGCACUUGUACCUCCAGCUAAAUGAUUGCACAGAUAAACUAGAUGUGCGCUUAGGGUAUGAUCUCUGCCGAGAAGAGCAAGAAUUCUUGCAAAAAAGGAAGAGAGUGGUUGCCAGUGCCCUGAAAAGGGUUCUUCAUCUGGAAAGAGAUCUACAUGGACACGAGGUCCCAGUGAUAGCUGUUAUGGCAACAGGAGGAGGCCUCAGAGCAAUGUCAGCUAUGUUUGGCCACCUCUUAGCUCUUCAGAAGCUAAAUCUGUUGGACUGUGUUACCUAUCUCACCGGGGCUUCUGGCUCGACAUGGACCCUAGCAGACCUGUACGAGCACGCCGACUGGUCACAGAAGACUCUGGAGGGGCCACUUAAGGCAGUAAAAGAACAAGUGACAAAAUGCAAGCUCAACCUUAUGUCUAUAGAUCAUCUGAAGUAUUAUCACAAGGAACUCGCUGAAAGGGCAAAAGCAGGACAUGUCUCAUCCUUUACAACUCUGUGGUCACUUGUUCAGGAAAUGUUCUUACACGAACGGCCAAGAAAAUAUAAACUCACAGACCAGCGCAAGGCAUUGGAGCAUGGACAAAACCCAUUGCCUUUCUAUGCAGUCCUCAAUGUGAAAGAGGAAAAGUUCAGUACUUUCAAAUUUAGAGAGUGGGCGGAGUUCUCUCCUUACGAGGUGACCAUACCAAAAUAUGGAGCCUCCAUUCGUUCAGAAUAUUUUGACAGUGAGUUCUUCAUGGGAAGGCGAGUGAAGAAGCUGCCAGAAUCUCGGAUCUGCUAUCUGGAAGGCCUUUGGACAAACAUCUUUACUAGGAAUUUGCUGGAUGGCUUGUACUGGUCCUCAAAUUCAAAUGAAUUCUGGGAACGGUGGGCCAAAGAUAUGGUAGAUAUAGAAAAACAUUCCCCUGAGGAUGAUGUCACUACCAUCGAGCCUCCAUCUUGUUUGUCAGGGAAGUUGUAUGAAAUGUUUCAGGACAUUAUGACCAAGCGUCCACUUCUGGGAAAGUCUCAUAACUUCCUGAGAGGCUUAGAAUUUCAUAAGGAUUAUAUCCAUCAAAAAAAAUUUAUUGAAUGGAAAGACACUGUGCUGGACUCUUUCCCUAACAAUCUGACACCGCUGGAGAAAUAUCUUUGCCUGAUAGAUGUUGGCUAUUUCAUCAACACCAGUGGUGCAGCACUUUUCAAGCCAGAGAGGAAUGUUGAUGUCAUUAUCUCACUGGAUUAUGGUUUGGGGAAUGUGUUCAAGCAAUUAGAGAUGACAUACAAAUAUUGCAAGAUACAAAAAAUUCCAUUCCCCAAAGUGGAGCUAAGUAAAGAAGAAGAGAAGAACCCAAAGGAAUGUUACGUGUUUUCAGAUGCAGAGGACCCCAGAGCACCCAUAGUAAUCCAUUUUCCUCUGGUGAAUGACACCUUUAAGGAAUUCAAGGAGCCUGGGGUAAAGCGCUGUCUCUCAGAGAUGGAACAAGGCAAAGUAAAUCUGGAGAACAACUGCUCACCCUAUUACCUCAUUAGGCUAAUCUACUCCUCUGAAAAUUUUGACAAACUCGUGAACCUGAGCAAAUACAACAUCCUCAAUAACAAAGACCUGCUCCUCCAGGCAAUCCGGAGUGCCAUAGAACGGAGAAGCAGCAGAACUGGGAACCUCCCCAGCCACUCUGGAGCUGGAUACGCCUAGGCUGGGUUUUUGCACUGUUCCCCACUGAAGGCUAUGACAGUCACUUUAUAACACAUCACAGUCACAUUGUAACAUGUCAUGAUCACAUUACAACGCAUCACAGUGUUCAUUAUUUGCAGGAAACUCAGGAAACCUGUACAUUUCUCAUCUUGCCUUGUUCAAGUUCCUAGCUUUCAAAAGGGUUUAUUUAAUCUCCUUCCCCCAAGUUUUCAGACCAUGAGAGCCUCACACUGUGGUCUUAGUCAUUAAGAAAUUAGGGUCCUGGUUAGCAGAGACCUUCCAGGAUCUCCCCGAUGUUAUAGAAUAUGGUGGUGGUGAGAGUGAUAGUUCUUUGUAUGCACUUGUCCCCUCAAUUCUGAGCCCAUUGUCAGUGUCUUUUCAAUGCUUCGUUACAAACCAAGUCCUGGCCGUUUGCAUUCAGUAAUGUCCAGAUUUUCAGAUAGGCUGAGCAACUAGAAUUUGCACUGAAUUGGUGGGCUCAGCUUUGAAGUCAGGCCAAAGAGUCAUAUAUAUCUGUGAACAACGGCCAAACUGCAACAUGGACAAUUGCAUUCUGUCUGGCCGAUUCCCCUUGCUGAUUUAGAAAUUACUCCUUUUUUCCAUUCCCCUGCAAGAGUUUGGCACAGAAACGCUGCUCCAGACUGCCGUGAGGGGGGGCAGUUACAUUUCAAGGAGAGAGGACAUUAGCUUCAGGGAGUGAGUAUGGUUCUUUUGAGCAUUGGCUGGAGGAAAAAUUCUGCAUAAGGCAUGAGUGAUUAUAUUGAUUUAUACGGGUAGUGCCUUUAUGCAUUAAAAUGUCAAGAGCCUGAUACAAGCUUUUGAUACCAGAAACUUGAGGGGAAUAAUUACCAUAGACUCAAGUACAUUUAAUGUAAUAGUCAUGACCAAGAUAAAAGCCGGUGCUCCUUAUGUAUGCAAACUGAAUGUAAGAAAACAUAACUCACUAACAGAGUGCAUAGCCAUUGUAUUUUCACACCCAGAGGAUUUUUUUUUUUUCCCCUUUACAGUCUUCUAUCCCUAACAUCAUAGGCAAGGUAUUUUUAAUAGGUGCUACACUAAAAUAGAGCACAAAUGAAAAAAAAAGGAAAUUCUUUAUCACACCUCCUUGCUAGCGGAAAAUAUUUGGAAAAAUGACGCCUGGUUUUCAUUUGCUUUGGAGUGCAGUGAAAGACAUUGCCUUGAACUAGGAGCUUGGAACAUCUUUAUAGCCCUCCACUAUAUGAAAAAGAUGGCAGGAAAAGAUGGUGAGCAAUAUAAAACAGAGCUCCACAGAAGUCAGAGAAGUUUCCAGACUUCAUACCACCAAAGGAUUUGGACUUGCUUCUGGCUUAUUUAAUUCAAACACAGCACAUUCAUCGAGUCCCCCAAGGAAAAUCUUAUACAUUUCUUCUGUGUUGGAAAUUUACUUGAUAUCUAGACUUAGUUUUACUUGAAAUCCAAAAUAUGACAAAGAGAAACAGGGAUCUGCCUUUUUUUGGUAUACCCAGACAGUAUUCAAGCUCAGAGGGAGAGCAUUUACAAGAGGCUUCAUUGCCUGAACCCUGCAUCUGCUAAAUGCUGCUUCUGCUGCAAGCAACAGCAAGGGAUGAGCCUCAGCAAUAUUCCUUAUACAAUGCUUGUUUACUGAGCUAAGGAAGCCCAUGCAAAACCUGAGGAGUCUUAACAGCUGGAAUGCAACUGUACAACUGAAUUCAGACCAUGAGAAGAUAAGAACUAAUCUGAUACCGUCUGCAAGAAAAAAUGAAGAGCCAUUUUGAGUUGAAAGGUGAGAUGGCAGCAGGGGGUUAUCUCAGAAGAGAGAGUGCCACCAGCAGGAUCCGUGACCUUUGCGUAGGAGAGCCCAUCAUGGCACAGUAUGCCAUGGUGCAGGUAUAUGCACGUACAAGCACACGUGGCUGUGUGCACGCACGUGCACGGUUUUCCUGCUCCUCUGGCUGGUCCUAUAAAGAAACCCCUUCCUAUAACCCACUUGCACAGAACAGGAACUGAUUCCAGCGUGACUGCAAAGAGGCUGCGUGCUCCCACGUCCCAUGGCCGGGUUCACCCUGAUUCACCUGGGCUCCGGCACUUGGCCUCACAGGCAGUUGGUGUCUGACCCUCUGCUCGCCCCGGCCGGGCAGCGGGAGCCGAAAGCAUGGCCAAGGAGUGAGUGACGCCAUCGCGCUGCCCAUCUCUGUGCCCUCACUGCAUUGGUGCCCUUGGGGUGUCAAAUUAUUGCUUACAUCUUCCAGCAUUAUGCUGUUACACAGGAGGUGCGAAGAGCUGAGCUGGAGGAGAGGGCUGGGGGCUGAACAGGUUGUGGGGAGUCCCAGUAAUAGCAGCGGAUAGCAGCUUUUCUGCUGCAGAGGUUAAAGGACUCAGUUCAGUGAGGGACACUGGUGUUCACCACCACAGACUGGGAUUUCUUUUAACGCUAAACCAAUAUCUAACUGAAGCUGGAAGACUUGGCAGCCCUGCUGAGAUACAGCAGAUUCAUCAGGAAUAAGACAACCAAUGAUGUUAUCUAAUUGCCUUUCGUUUACUUCUCAUCCAAAUCAUAAAUAGGAACACUGUUUUACCUCAUCUACCUAUUUUUUACACUUUGCUGCUGCAAAAAGAUGUCCCUGUUUUGUUCAUGGGCUACAGUGAGUGAUCCAUAACCCUCACAAACCUUGGCAGCACGUGCCCAGCAGCAAGGCAGCUCAGCCACGCUAAGAAAAAUCGCAUCUUUCUCUCUCUAAAUGCUCCACAGAUCCAUAACUGGGGCAUGUUUGGUGCAUUCAUAGCGCUGCUAAUGCAAACAGAAAUGCCCACGGAAACGUGGAAGAGCCAAAAAAAAACCCCACAGGGUUUUCAGGUAACCCACAGUCAGCGGAGAAUAACUUUUCUGAGGGACUGUUAAAUCCUCUUAUAGCGUGCAGGAGGUGGCUGUGGGUAGGGAAAGAGUUGGGAAGGCGGUGUGACUCUCCCUUUGCCAGGGGAACUGUCACUCAAGUUUGUGCCAACACUUAAGGUCGGGCCGGGGACUGCUGUUUAAUCUUGCAGCCAAGAGGCACAGGCAAGCCUGUGCUCCUUGAUCUCCUUGAGGCCCCAUGUGGUAGCCCUUAAACAAUAAUUUUUUUUUUUUUAAAAUAUAUUUUUGCAUUUCAGAGCUUGAAAUUGUGUGAGGGCUGUAUCACUGCCCGUCAGAGUGGAUUUUGUUUGUUUUGAUUGUUUUUGUAGCAUGACAUUGAGGGAGUAUGUUGCUGGCCCGACGGUGUGGCAGGAGGACCUGGAGGGCAUUUGCGAGGGCAAAGGCUGCUGGAGGACGCCGCAGGGUGGAGGGACCCACACCUGGCACAGUCUUAUCCAUGCAGCUUGUUGGGAAGCAGUG